AUGGGGUCCUGCCCGGACUGGUCUCGGGGGUCGCAGGAGCUGCUGGAGUCUCGAGGGGGGACGCCCGUGGCAGCGGCGGGUCCGGCGCUUCCGCGGGAGGGAGCCGGUGCUGGGGCGCACGGGGGUCACUCCGAGCCCCCCGAGGCGCGGGCGGCUCCGGGGAGAGCCGGGAUCGCCGGGAGCUGCCGCAGGAGCCGCCGGGCCCGGGGCAGCGCGGCCCGGUGGCCCCGGGGCUGUUCCCGGGGCUGUUCCCGGGGCUGUUUUCGGCUCCCGGGGCUGUUCCCGGGGCUGCUCCCGGCCGAUGAGGUGAUUCCAGGCCGGGGCUCCUCCCGGGCCCCAGGGCUAUUCCUGACUGCCAAGGCGGGGCUGUGCCGGGGCUGUUCCCGGCCCCCGGGGCUAUUCCUGGGAGGACGAGGCCGUGCCAGGGCUAUUCCCGGCCCCCGGCGCUAUUCCCGGUUCUCUAGGCGCUGCUGUACCGGGGCUAUUCCCGGCCCCCGCGGCUAUUCCCGUAUUCCCGGCUCCCGGGGCCGUUCUGGGUGGACGAGCCGAUGCCGAGCCGGGGCCAUUCCCUGCUCCCAGCUGCCGCUCCCAUCCCGUUCCCGUUCCCAUCCCGUUCCCAUCCCGAACUACAACUCCCAGCGCUCCCGGCUCUCGCCGUUCACAGCCGGAUCCGGCCCCGCUCGGCGCCUUCCGCACCCCAAAUUCCGGGGGGAGGAGGAGGAGGAGGAGGAGGAGGAGGAGGAGGACGGGGCGCCGAGGCCGCCGCCGCCGCGGAAAGCGGGACUGGCUCCUCGGGAAGGGUUCCUGCCGCUGUGCGGGUCCUGGCUGGAAAAGGAGCUGGUCUGGGGGCCCGCCCACGCCCUGGAUCUGCUCCCGUAUUCCCGGCUGAGCCCGGCGCCGCGGGCCGGAUCCCAGCUGGAUGCCGUCGGCGCCGAGAUCCCCUCGGACCCCUGCACAGGUGAGGGGAGGGGGCUGGGGGUACCGGUUCUUUAA